AUGAAGAUUGAGCCCAAAUUGAAAGUUACAGUGACUAAAAUUGAAAAACAGGAAGAUGAGUCCAAUACUGAACAGGAAGAUGAAUCUGAUACGGAAUCGGAACACGGAGUCAAAAUGAAUCGGAACCUGAAACUCAAGAUGACUCGGAACCAGAUCACCAACAGGAAGAUAUUGAUACUUCUUGUGAAUGCCCUUGUGAGCCUCGGUCCAGCCGGACUCGGCACAGAGAACAUCAUCGGGAACUGCACGUGUCUGAUUUGUCUCAAAAUGGACAAUCAGUUGAAGAUCAAACAACCAAACCACCUUCCGUUUCUGCAGAACAUGUUCCACGGGGUUUAA